GCAGCAGCAACUCUCGUUCUGGCGCCACUGACUCUCCCACUAGUAUAGCAUCGGUGAACCAUGGCAGAGCGUGGAUCGGUGCAUUAUCAGUCCAAGGGCGAGACUACUGAAUGGGAGGACAUCUUGAUCAAGAAGGGAAUCGUCGAGAAGGAUGACGUGCUGCGAGGCAAGGGCAUCGACCCCGACGAGCAGCGUCUGGAAGAGGCCAUUGGCAAGGCCAGGGAGGCAGAGGUAGAGCGGCUAAACGCCCGUACGAUCGAGGACGACAUGGCCGAAGCCAGCCUGGAGGAACUGGACGAGCUGGAGGACGAGCUGGCGGACGAUGGAAUGCUAGAGAAGUACCGGGCGCAGCGUGUGGCCGAGAUGAAGGCAAAGGCGGCGGCGGCAAAGUUCGGGGAGUUGUUCGAAAUCUCCAAGGCGGACUGGGUUCGGGAGGUGACGGACGCCAGCAAGAGCGUGUGCGUGGUGGCGCACCUGUAUGAGGACGGCGUUGUCGAGUGCAGAGUCAUGGAGGCUGCCCUGAGGUCGAUCGCGAGAAAGUUCCGAGAGGUGAAGUUCGUCAAGAUCAGGAGCCAGCAAGCGGUGGAGAACUGGCCCGAGGCAAAUCUCCCCACGCUUUUCAUAUACCGCGACGGAGCGCUGGCUACGCAGCUUAUCAGGAUUGACGCUUUGGGGGGAAAGCAGAUGGAGGCGGACGACCUCGAGUGGUACCUGGCGUCCCAGGGCAUCGUGGAGACGGAGAUGGACGAAAACCCCGCUCGGGCAAAGGGGAGGGGGGCCAACAGCAUCAAGAUGAGGAGGGGGGUUAAGAGCGCCGGGAGACGGGGUUCAGAUGACGACGACGACGACGAUGACGGUGACUACUGAACGCCUUGGCGUCCCGCGGUGUGUUGUUUGUAUCUAUUUGUUGAUGGCGGUGGCGCGCGUUUUUUUUUGUUAUUUGCAUCGACCGCGUUAACGCAUGAAACGACGCCAGUCUCAGCGCGGUUGAAAACACAAGGUGCUUGUAAUGGCCAUGAUCUGGGACCCCGUGGGGGGGGACGCUAUGCGUGAGCGAGUGUGUGUGUGACGUUUUGAAGCACCGGGCAGGGACGGGGUACCAUCUUUGUGUGGAUACAAGUUUACGUGCUGUGCUCGUGGUAACAGAAAUACUCUGGAGAUGGUGACGACAAUGGACGGCGGCCAAUGGCACUUCUUUGUCAAUCGCUUCUACAAUCAAUGCAUUAUCUUUGACGCGGGGGGGAGGGGGGUGAUGCGCCGCCAAGGGGCGAGCGGGGUUGGAGUCGAGUCGGGUAGUUGACAAGGACUAGUCUUGCGGGAUUUUGGCAAGAAUAACUUCAAGCAAGGCUUGGUGCGAUCUCGCCGGCAAGCUUGAUGUACAUCUAAUGGAGUCGUAGAAAUUGACAUUGCGCGAGCNACACGUGUGUGAUCUAGGGCGAGAGGCAUGGGGGUCGGUUCUUGUUGGAAGGACGAAGAGUUGCAAUUUAGUUCAAUGGUCAAAGACUUUUUCGUGCUUUCGUCGGCGUUGAGGGGUGAUGUGGGCGAGGAGCCACGCCAAUGGUUCAUGGCUAGCAAUCAAUGUCCUCACCUGAUUCGUGUUCUCGUCAGCAGAGGGAGGAUGAAGACGAUGAUUCUGAGGGAAGUACGGUUCGGAGACAGUUUUUUGGCACUGCGACGAGCAGGCUGCGCCAUGAAAACCGACAACGAUGGGUGUUGCAAACCGUCGUGGCAACAACUUCCGUACCAAAUACAUGAAGUGCAUAGGUUAAUAGUGU